GAGAAAACAUGGCGGCGCCCAGUGCAAUCAUGUUGGAUUUGGAUGUGAGCUUGAGUAAAUUGAUUGAAGAGUGUUCUAGCCGUGGUCAUUUGGAAAUAUUGCAAAAUCUCACGAAGGCUUUCCGAGAGCAGGAAUUCAGAGCCGGUGUGGAGAAGAGUGUGUUUCAGAGUCUGCAGCAGAUCUUGUCGAAGUUGUCUAAAGAGAUCCAUGCUUUCCAUGACAAGAAGAAAACGGAGGCUCUCUCCUUGUGCUUACAGAUGACUGCAGAGUGCUUUAGGAUUCAAAGGAAUUCCUGUGUGCAAUGUGCAAGGAAUCAGUGUCUUAUGAGGGAUUUGGGAUUCGUUGGUGUAUCGGAGCAAAUUCUCAUGUUACUCCCGAGACUUCAGCUGGUGAGUUCGGACUGUGUAUUAGAGGUUUUGCGUUGUGGGAUCCAGUUCCUUGGAAACUUUGCUGUCGGUAACCAGGUUUGCAAAGAUGACGUCUGGAAACACAGCUUUCCCCAUCUCUUCUUGACUUUCCUUGACCACAGUGACGAGAAGACUGUGACCUAUUGUUCCAUGGUACUUCACACCUGCCUGGAUGCUGAGAAAGUGACGGACCUGGUCCUAGGCGAGGAGCACCAAGAUGUCGCCAUGAAGGUCAUCAGCCUCUGUAGGAAACAGCCAGAGCUGGACUGGCCGGUUUUGAUUGUAACGCAGCAUUUCCUAAAAUCCUCCGAGCUCAUUGAAAAGAUGUUUGCAAGGCUGAAUAAUCAGGAAAGGAUCACGUUAUUAGAACUGGUGAUGACGCAGCUGGGGGAAGAGGAGGAGGCCAUCGAGGAAUCCGGUAUUUCAGGAAGGCUGGCCAAGUUCUUCGCCUCGUGUUUCGAGGACCAGUGCAAAGCCGUGUUAACUUUGGCGUCCGAUCCCUCACCUACUGAUGAGGAGGCUCUUUUCGUAAUGGGUCUCUUAGAUGUUCUCUGUGAGAUGACAUCGGACCGCAAAAAGUUUAUGUUCCUGCAGAAUUAUUCAGAACUACUGAAAACAACUGUUGAACUUUUGAAAGAAGUUCAUUUUGUGGGCAAGGCAAGUCGGAAUGUUUUUACUGCGACUCAUGACUUCUCUGAAUUGGGAGCUUCUGGGAACCCUGCUAUGGGAUUCAAAGCGCAUCUCAUCAGGCUUAUCGGGAAUUUGUGUCACCACAACAGAAACAACCAGGACAAGGUACGCGAAUUGGAUGGAUUUGCUCUUCUCCUGGACAACUGCAAUAUAGAUGGCAACAAUCCCUUUAUCAGCCAGUGGGCCAUAUUUGCUGUCCGGAACAUGCUGGACCAGAACGAGCAGAACCAAGAGGUGCUCAGGGCACUGGAGGGACACGGCAUGGCCGAUGACUCUGCUCUCAGGGAGAUGGGCUUCAGACUGGAGGACAGGGAUGGAAGUCUGCUACUCAGACCGGUCACUAAGGACACCUAAUGGCCACAGGAGGCAUCUGCUGUUGAAAGCAGGACGAUUUGGAGUGUGAAGAAAUGGCAGUAUUUUUAUCAAACAAAUGAAGAUUUCAAGAUGAUGGAAGAAAGCUGUAACAUGCAGUCAUUUUGCCGGAGUUAAAGUCCCUUAAAUGUACUACUUAAAACCUUGGUUUAAAUUAGAAAAUCCAAAAACUGUAAGUAAGCACUGCAUGAUUCCAACUAAAUGUACAGUAUAACAAUAUCCCUAGAAAUGAGACGCUGAAAAACUUGAAGGAUUUUUGGGUGUUUCUGGCUCAGUGAGAUGCUAUCUUCUGUUCUCUGUUCAGGGAUCUGAUCAAGUUCUUCCAAUAUAUAUAUACAGUACAGUGGAUAUAAAAGUCUACACACCCUUAUUUGAAAUUUCAGCUUUUGUUUGUAAAGGCUGAAAUCAAGGCAAAUCGUGCCAGUCCUUCUUUUACAUUAAAUAAGAUCUUGUGACCAACCAUAUUUAAGUGAAGAACUAAUUGAUUAUUUUAAGAAAAAAUAAUUAAAAGUAAAACACUUUCAUUGCCUUGGUUGCAUAAGAGUGCACACCCUUCAACUAAUACUUUGAAAAGCACCUUUUGCUUUGAUUACAACCGUAAGACUGUUUGGAUAGGGCUCUAUCAGCGUAGCACACCUGGAAGUUUUUGAAUUUUACUUAUUUUUCGUAAAAAUGAUCGAUUUGUUUUUCACUUAAAUAUUGUUGGUUAUAAUAUCUUAUCAAAGGUCUGACAUGAUUUGUCUUGAUUCCAGCCUUUACAUCAUCAAAAGCUGAAAUUUCCAAAAGGGUGUGUAGACUUUUGAUAUCCACUGUAUAUUGCAUGUGUGAAUAAUAAAGCACAACAUAUGGCAAGCCAUCGAUUGACUAUUGGUUAUCGAAAUGACCAUUGCAGUGUCAUUUUGAAAGAAGGCAUUGUUUUAGAUGCAAAGUAGAAAAACUCCUAGUGUUUAUCAAAGUAUUAGUAGUAUUCUUAACUGUGCCUUCUGUCUUCUUGUUAAAUAAAUCCUGUAUUAUGCUUUUUCCUGCUGUUAAUAAAGAGAAUUCCAUCCACAUUGUGGCAAGGUUUGUUUUGCAAUGAAUGCCUUAAAAUGUUGAUCUUUGAGGGAGUUCAGAUUUUAUUCCAACUAGAUCUCCGUUUCUCACCUGUUGUACACCACUUUGCAGCGUUAAAUGAAAGUACAGUACUACAGUUACACAACACGUCCACUGUGUCUUAUUUGCCCUGCGUGAUUUCCCGAGACCGACACAGCACGACGUUCAGAAAUCACUGCUGCGAUAUAUUGGUUCAGGGUCCUCUGCUUGCGUUAACGAGAAUUUAACCAAAAAAAAAAGGCUUCACCAAAGCAUCAGUGCACAGAAGGCACGUGUCAAAAUGCAGAAACGUGUUCCGUCCGCCAUUACAAAUGGGCAAAGCUCUAAAGUUCCGAAGUCUGGCCUUUUUUUGGCGCUUAUUUUAGCUUUCCUAUUCCAUUUCAUUUAUUUUCAACUCGCAACAGGUGACGGCGAAUGUCCCCAAUUUUUUUUUAAAAAAAAGCCCUCUCCUGCCUGUUCUGUACGUUUUUUGGAAGCUUCGAUCUGGGGGAGCUUGUAGGGGUUAAUUCCCCAGGGAGCAAACAAAAUGGAAAUUCCUCCGUGGUUUGUAGAAUUAGCCGAAAAAAGCCGUGGGUGUCCCCUUGGUUCCACUUACCACUUUGGAGUAGACACUUCUUCACCUCCGCCCUUGUCUGCCAAGCAGUGGGAUACACAAAACACAUAGGUAUAAUCCAUAUAAUAAAACCGCAGAUGAAUGGGUUUUGUGGGAAACUACAAGAAGGUAAUGCUCUGUGUUUUCUAAAUGGGAAAUUGUAGGGCUUUUCAGAGUGAAAACAUGCUGAUUACUGUAUUGUAAAGUGCCUUUUGAUUCGCUUUGCAAGGUUUAAUCCUCAGAACACAACAGCAUCCCUGUCUUCCACCAGUGGCAAUUCAGCCUCCGAGAGACUUCUAUUACAGACCGGGGGGAUUAAUCCUGCACCCGAUCAGUCGUUAAAAACAAAAAAAAAAAGAAGCCAGCCCUUCUUGAAUUGGCAAAUGGUAGCCCCAGUCAUCCAGUGCUUUUGACCGAUGUGCCUCUUUCUUCAUAGAAAACGAGGUUCACAGUUUGUUGUUUAAAAACAAUGUGAGGGGGUUUGUGAAUACAGCUUCCCACUAUGCUGUUUUUUUCUGCCCGGUUUUGUUUUUUUUCUCCUUCUUCGGAGAGCAAUUAGAGGGAGAAUUUCAUAGAAGAGCAAGGCCAUAGAGAGGAAUGGGGAUGGCGAGCUAUUAUCCAGCUAACAUGGUGAAUGAGUCACUACUGCUCAGUGCUCACAAAAGGAGAGGUUGAGUAUAGCCUCAUCAAAAGGCAGACAGCACACAGUAUCAUGUGGCCAUAUUUGUUUCAUAUAUACUGUAUGCGUAACGUAUUGCAUUGUACUGUAUGUUGAAACUGAUAAGCUGUUUGAUAUGGCUGCUAUCAUGUCUUUACAAAAUAAAGGCCAUGUUUAGAUGAAUUAA